GCCUCGCCCAUUUUCUAACCUAUCCCCUCGCUGGGUGCCACCACUCUCGCACCUAACGGCAGAAAACAGAGCACAAAACUUCCCCCACCAGACGCCGCGAACUUCCCCCCAAAUCCCCAACCCAAGCUCGAAUCGGCUCCGACGCGCAUCGAAUCGAGUGAGAUGAGCCGCCCGGACGACGGACAUAGGUCUUUCUUCCCUGUGGGAAACCCCUUCCGGGUCAUCCUCCCAGGGGGACCUCACCUGCCUCGGAAGCUCCAGGCGCUGCUCAAGUCAUACGAGGAUGCCCUGGCCUUGAGCUUGAGGAAGCUAAAGCCGGAGAAUCCCUUGGAGGUCCUCACCUUGUCCUGGAUGAGGCUUGCCGUGGAUUGCUUGUCAGAGCUGCAUGCCAACAUAGGCACCCUGAUAACCGAGCUCGAGCUGCCUGUCUCGGAUUGGGAUGAGAAGUGGGUGGACAUUUACUUGAACAGCAGCGUUAAGCUGCUGGACAUCUGCAUCGUGCUGAGCUCGGAGCUCGCUCGGUUGGAUCAAGGGCAGUUGCUUGUCAAGUAUGUCCUGCAUGUGUUGGACACCAAAAGCGGUGUGCUGUCAUUGGAGCAGCUCAAGCGAGCUGAGGUAUCACUUAAGGAGUGGAUGGACAAGGUGGACACAGCGCGCCCAAGACUCGACAGCUGCUCAACGGCCUUGCAGGAACUUGCUGGGAGCCUUUGUCUGAUGAAGGUCAAGAAUUCUGCUAAGGGGAAGGUCCUCAUGAGAGCUUUGUAUGGAAUAGAGUCUGUGACAGUCUUUACCUGCAGCGUCUUUGUGGCUGCACUGUCAGGCAGUCCCAAUCCAUUGGUGGAGUUGCAUGUCCCUCAGAAAUUUGGUUGGGCACAGGCCUUCAAUGAGCUUCAUGCUACCAUCAGUGGGGAAGUCAAAAGGCAAUUAUCCAGGGGAAGUGUUUCAGCUGUAAAAGAGCUGGAAGAAGUCGAAGCAUGUGCCAGGAAACUGCAUGCGUUGACUAGGACUGCUCAGCUUGAAGAAGAAAAUGACAACCUGGCUUGUGCUGUGAGCCUUUCAAAGCAAAUGGUGAUGCCGGACAUCACUGAACAGAAAGAAAAACCCGAGUGUAAUCUUAAGUCGGCUGAUGACAGUAGCCAGGAAUGUGAAGUGAUCAUGACAGAGAUUGGUACUGAAGAAGGAACACAAGAAGCUGAAAUUAUGCAGGAUACCCACUGUGAGAAUAAGCUGAGCACGCUUGAGAGUAUCAGUGAAGAUGACAAGAUGAUAAGUGGGGCAAAUGGCUUCAUCGACGAGAAUAUGACCAUCGUUCCUGAGAGAACCAGCAUCUCGGAAGGUAGAGAAGAGCUGCUGGACUGUAUCUCCAGCAUGUCAAAAAGCGCCGAGGGGCUUCGGCUCGGGUUGGAUUCGUUGUCCAAACGAGUCGGGGACUUCUUCCAGAUCGUGCUUACAGGACGUGACGCGUUGCUCUGCAACCUAAGGAUGUCAGAUGCAGCAAGCAAGGUCACCGAGGUUAGGUCUUGAUUCACUACGUUUCAGCUGUGUAUGUUCUCUGUUGGUGUAACAUGUGUAUAGACGGCUGAGCAACGCAUGCUUGUACACCGCUCUUCUGACCUGUGGCGGUCCCUGCUCAGCCUCACCGGAACUAAGCUAGGGCACCACAUUUCAGCGGCGAUGUGCAUAAUCUUGGGCUGCCGGUUGUGUUGUGUGGGGUUGUAUGUGUCGUAGGUUUGAUAGUCCUUGUGUUCUUCGUUUUUUUGACGAGUAGAAGUAGUAGACAAAUACCGAGUCAUAUUAGUGUACAGUAUCAGUGGAAUGUACAAUGCCGAGAGGACAGUAACUGUUUCAUAUGUA